GUUGGUCAACGCUUGGUACUACCCUCGCGGCGACUGGUACACCUUCUACUGGGACGGCAGCACGGCCGACAAGGUCGCAAGGCGCGCUACCUACCCGACGCUCGAGCACGACGACCACGACCCCGGCCCCCUCGCAGAGCGCAUCAGGCGCGACAAGCGCGAGUUCUCCAUUUUCGGCGCAGAGCGCAUCAGGCGCGACAAGCGCGAGUUCUCCGGCCGCUCCUCCGACGACUCCUCCUCCGACCGCGACUCAUGCGGCACCGGCUCCACUAGCGAGGCGAAUGACAUAUUCGACACCCUCGAAGACCAUCUCGGCUACGGUUCCGACUCCGGCUCCGGCUGGUAG